AUGGAGCCGUAUGUGCGCACCGAGCGCUCUUUAUCGCUCUUCAAGAGGUUAUGUUACGCUGUGGGACAUUUCCAGAACGACCUGUGCGCCUCUAUGUGGUUCACCUAUCUCCUGGUCUACCUCCACAACGUGCUGGGCUUGCAGAGCACCUAUGCAGGUGUGCUGCUGCUGAUUGGACAAAUAGCUGACGGGAUCUGUACGCCUUUGGUGGGAUAUGAAUCUGACAAAACGCUAUCAGGUAUCUGCGGAAAGAGAAAGUCCUGGCAUCUGCUGGGUAAGUACCUGAAUAUUCAUCAAAUAUGCAGGUUUGUCUGAGUAGAAGAAAUUCUAAGGUAUCUCACAAUGAAGAGAUAACACUGCGAGGAAAUUAUAUGAGCUGGCUAUUCUUUUGGGUUAGGGGAGACCGGGGAUGGUUGUAACAUUUUUGACAUUUCUGUAUCUUAGAGCUCCUUUAAGCCAAUGUAUUCAAACUGUGAAACAAACUAGGUAGAUGUGUCCGCUAUUAACGGCUGUAGCAGGUACCCCUGCAACACAAACAGACAACGCGUAAUUUAGUCUCAAACACAAGGAGUGAAAUGUUACAGUUUACCACAUAGUCUGGCUUAGUUGUAACAUAUCCAGGGGUGAAAUGGGACAUUAAAAAAUCAGGAUAAUGACAAAACUUUAUGAAUUGGAAGCUUUUUAUUUCACACUUUAAAGACAUCUUAACAUAACUGAAUAUGAGUAGGCUAUGUGUGUUUGUGCUUUUUUUUGUCUAGCAUCUUGACAAGGUGACGAGACAGAGGCCAACUGUAGACAAUUUCUAUGGCACUCCUAGAGUGUGGGUCUUAUAGGUCCAGUGGGUCUAAAGGUCCUUUCACACCGGGACCGUAUUUUUAGUGCGAUUAUUUUUUUUUUUCAAACCCGUGUCCUGUCAAUACAAGCGUUCACAUCAGCGAUGUUUUCCCGUCCUCCAAUAUUGCAGCAUUUCUUUUUUCGGAUCAUGGUCGAUUUUUUAAAAGUUUUUAAAGCAUACUGUGUGUCCACUUCUGACCAAUCAGAUUGCGUGUUGUUGCGACCUCUGAUUCACCGGUAUAUCCAACAUGGCCGACCGGCACUGAACAGAGUGCUUUUUGAUUAAAAAAAAAAAAAAAUUACAAAGAUGACGACCUGAAGGACAACUUGUGGAGAGUCAUAGCGUCGGAUCUCUCAUAUGACGAUGGUUUAUGCGCUUCAACAGUUUGCUGAACAUCUUCGUUUUAUCUUUCAUCCGUGCUAACGUAAGCUAACGGUUGUUACCAUAGUUUCAUGUGCUUAUCUUAUCGCCUCUGAUCGGCUAUAAGUGCUGACCGUUUGGCUUGAGCGUGUGAUGACGUUUCCAGCUUUUCUAGCCAAUCAGAGGUGAAGGAGGCGGGACCUUCCCCGGCAGAAGUCUUCCCCGGGAUGGUCUGACUACCACAGGUUCCUACAUGUACACAUGUGGAACAAGGACUAAACUAAGCAUGUGCAGAGUGAGUCAGGUGAUUUGUAAAAUUGUUCCUAAUUGAAGAAAUUUGAAGCGUUACAAUUGACCUGUGUUACAACCAUCCCCGGUCUCCCCUACUAUUAUGACCAAUUUCUUAGCAGAGGCAUUUAAUGUGACUGUCUGAGUGGUAGGCUGGCUGGUAUCUUUAGACUAAAAUCAGCUUCUAUUUAUUGAUGAUAAUAUAGUGGACGUUAUUUACUCCUUCAUUGUGAGGUUGUGGUCCACAGACAAAAGUUUAAGUGCUUAAACUAUGAGACUAUUCCCCCUAGGCAGUGUUUUAGUGGCUUUUUAUGUUCAUAUCAAACUUACUUGCACAGAGAAAAAAUUAUUAUGGCAUGCUGAAAACCAAAACUUAAGCAGACCUGUAUUGUAGACUCAUAUUUGAAUAUUAUUUAGGUAAUUCUGUUUCUACUUUCCAGGGACUCUCAGUGUUAUUUUAUCAUUCCCCUUCAUUUUCAACCCGUGCCUGGCCUGCACCGACAACACUCCUCAGUGGGCUCAGAUUUUGUACUUCUCCCCCUUCAUCAUCGUCUUCCAGUUCGGCUGGGCAGCCACCCAGAUCUCACACCUGUCCCUCAUCCCUGAGCUCGUGAGCCGGGAGAGCGAGAAGGUGGAGCUAACGGCGUACAGGUGAGCUGACGUCAACAGGAGAUGCAGGAUGCAGGAAGAAAAAGAAAAAAAAAAUUAAAUCCCCUUUUUUUUUUUUUCUUUUUUUUUUUUUUUUUUUGAUUUUUUUAAAGGAUAUUAAACAAAUUCAUGGACAAGUUUGGGUGAAAAAAAAAUAGUACAGCAAUACCUUUGUUUUGGCCACGCCUCCUUACACUUGGAGCAGUCUAUCUGAAUAAACUUGCAGUAAAUUGAGAAUCCAAGUCUUUUAUCAGCUAAUACCUUCAAGAUAUGUGCCAUUUACCAGUGUAUAAUCGCUGAUAUGAGUAAUGUUUGAAGUCAUUAUUAUUAGGUCUAAAAAAAACUAGACGUCUAACAGCCGUCUAUUGCUCAGUGGGUUUGUUUGGACACACAUUUUUGAUACAGCAUUAAAAUUAGUAAAAGCUUUUCUUCAACGUUGGCAGUUGAGACACAGGCCAUGCUAACCAAAUUAUGUGGUGGUACGUCAACAUGUGUCAUGCAAUGUCUUAAGUUUUAGUCAGAGUUAGCUCAUAGCAGGAAGGAGCUCUCACACACAAUAGAAAACUUGAUCACCUCUUUAUCUUCUCUUCAUAUUGUCUAGCAUUCACCUUGGUGCCCAAAAUAAUCUCCUUUUGAUGCACUGUUGAAAAUAAAAGCAGAACUUGUGAAACUGUCUGUUUAGAUCCGUGUCUGAGGUGAUGAUUACACUGGAGAUAGUAUUAGGACAAACAGGCAUGAGACAGCAGACACAUUUCUAGUGAAAAAGGAAGUAACUACAAUAGCAUUGUUUUAUCCAUGGCAGCCAAGAUAUUUCAGCUUUUAAUUUUCAAUGAAUGAAGGAAGUGAUAACAGGGUUUCUCUUUGUCUCCUGUCACUGUUCCUGAAAAGCUGUCACAAACAUGUUCCUGUUUGUUUCAUUCAUUUCUCCUCUCGCUCAGGUAUGCCUUCACCGUGGUGGCUAACAUCGCAGUGUUCACUGUGGCCUGGCUGCUCUUUAAAUUCCAGUCUCAACACAAUCUCAACCCAACAGUCACAGAUAAUGUGGGCCCAGUGGACGUCCCUCUGUUCAGGGUAACGCGUGUGAAGACUAAGAAGUUCACAAACUCCUGAGAAUUCAAUUUUUAAAACUGUCUCUUUCUCUGUCUCCAGAAUCUGGCCCUCAUUAUGCUGGGCAUCGGAGCUGUAUUCUCUGUGCUUUUUCACAUGGGCACAAAAGAGGGGACACUGGCCUCAGAGAGAGAGAGUCUGCUGGUCUCACCUGCCCCUCAGGAGGCUAAGCCUCGUCCCGUGUUUCGCUGGAAGUGUUGGCUGAAGGAGCCGUCAUUCUACCAGGUGAUUCUAAGUCAGAGGGUUCACUAUGUUCAUCUCCCUGAUGUUACACAAAGGGUGGGAAGUUGGAAUUCUGCUGUAUAGUCUCUUUACUGAACUUUUAUUGAACAGUACAACUGCACUGCUCCUCAGACAAUUUGCACAGAAGAUUUUUACAGGCUGUAGUCUCUCUGAUUGCUGAUUUGUCGACCAAACAAAAGUGUUCAAACAAAGACGGGUGUCAGGUUUCUCUGUAGCCCUGUCCAGUGAAGGUGAAAAGCCAAAAUCCAGGUGAAUGACUUUCUCACCUGGGAUAGCCUGUGGUUUGUAAUUGAAGUGUUUCUGUUGGCAUGAAAAGUUUUCAGGGUGAUGUAAAAACCUAUUUCCAAACUAAACUCUUGGGCAACUGGGUUUGCGUCAUACAUUUCCUCAUAUAAAUACACUGUUGGUAACUUGAACUGUAUUAUAAUCAGGAUAAGCACUUUAACCAUUUAUUUGAAGAAAAGUGUUCAAUAUGCAACUGAAAAGACUGAAUUUUCACAGAAGAAAAUGUGUCUCAAGUUUGUAAUCCUUAAUUCAGUACGUUGGAUUUCAACGAAAAUAGUUUCGAUGUGAAACACUUCCUGCAACCUGGUUUACUUCUCAGCAAACAGCUUUUGGCAGAACUUGCUUGAUUUAUGUCCAUGAAAACGAAAGAGUUAUUUCCAUAAAAGAAUCAAAUGAAAAGAUGACUUUUUUCCACUGUGUAGUCCUGAGGGUUUUAUUGAACUGCUUCUAUUCCCACUGGAAUAUCACCCUGAAGAGUUCACUGAAACCCGCGCACAGACCAGAUGUUUGAGUUACUGUUUCUCUCACCUCAUCCAUCUCAAUGCUUCCUUGGGAAUUUUAAAUUGCCUGAAUAUGUUUUGUAUUCAAGAUUUUACUACAGUAAGGGCAGUCAUUUAUCUGACUUUAUUUAUGUACCGAUGUGUUUAUUCUGGACUGUACAGAGCUCUAAAACACUUCAGAGAUAUAAAAGUUUGACAAUGACUGAGUUGGAUGUUCAAACUUCACCGUCUAAGAUAAACGCGUGUCCUUUUGUUUGAUUUUUGGACCAGAUGGCUUUCCUGUACAUGUGCACUCGCCUUAUAGUCAACUUAUCGCAGACCUACAUUUCGAUUUUCAUCACUGCCUCGCUAAUGUUACCAAAGGUAAGGCCGCACUUUGGGUAUUCACAUGUUCCUGACUUAUCUAACUCAAUAUCAUUAUCAUCACAUUUCUAUAUCAACUUUUUAUUUCUUCCUUUGUGCUUUUCCUCAGAACUUCAUCGCUAUCAUACCUCUGGUGAUGUAUCUCAGCGGCUUUGUUUGCUCAUUGGUCAUGAAGCCACUCAGCAGGCUCAUAGGAAUUUAUGUGAGUCUGUAAGCAAUACAUUAUUCAUUAUUGAUCAACAUGAAUAUCAUAAAACAACAAUUAAAUCACUUCUUUUUGUAGGAUUUGUUAUCAGUGGGUUAUUGAUAAUGCCCAUUUUCUUUUCACACCUCUGUCAGGGUGGAGAGCUUGAGUUUUAGUUUCAUACGGCAGAGUUUUAGGUUGUAAAUAGUAUAAAUGAAAUCUGAAAUAAAACAUCAGCCAAAUUUCAAGGCUAUAAUAUUGAUCAGGCACUAACAAUAUAAUAAGUAUAAAUCAGAGGGGGCUGAAUUUUAUCUUUCUGUCAGUCACUUGACAGCAUGACAGUACGUACUAAUGUUACUUCAGUGUAAUAUGAUUUUAUUUUAGUGUAUUAACAGGCUUAAAUUAGUAGUAACAACUAACAUUUCUGGUAGAUCAGACACUAACAAUAUAAUAAGUUUAAAUCAAAGCUGUAGCUAACUUUAGCAUUCAGCAACAUUGUCCCCAUCCUUGAACAUAACUGGACUUUCCUCAUGAACUUCUGUAGAUUAUCAUUCAGGACUUAGCGAAUAAGGAGCAUCUCUUGAAAGCAACUUAUGAAGUAAAAAGGCUGUUUUAGCCUCCCUUCUGUGGGUCAUCUCAGAGAGAAAUAUUGAAUUAAAAUCAAAUGGAUGUGUCUGUUUUCAGAUAACGUAUUUAUUGGGCCUCAUGCUGGUGUUUGCAUUCGGCAUCUGGGUUUAUGUGGCCAAGCACAUGGGAGCUGACAGCAUUUAUGGAGCCUCAGUGCUGCUGGGAGCUGGCACAGCUACAAUCCUGGUCAUGUCUCUGUCCAUGACCGCCACACUCAUCGGGGAUCAAACGGUAAGUGUGAGGAAUUGAGUUCACAUCCAUAGACAGUUUUGCAUCAACUCAACUGUAGGAUAGAAAUACCUAAAUAAAAAUUGUACUUGCCACAAAUACUUAUGUUUUACCUUGUUAACAUGUCUCUUCAACACAACGACAACUUUAGCAGUCUUACAUAAACUAUUCUGGGUUGGUUGAAACACUUCCUGUUGGCAUUUCUCUUUUCAAUUUAAAAAAAUUAAUAAAAAAUCAAAGUAUUUCCUCUCUGUUGUUCAGGUAGUCCAGCUUGGAUGUUUUACCUCAGCAGGAAUGUCUUCUGCAUGAUAUGAAUUGUGUUUGAGAGAUUAAUGGCUGUGUGGUUGCACAAAUCCCAUGAGGCGUGCAUGUUGUACAUUUCAUAAAUUAAUAUUUCAAGUAGAUUCAUGGCAAUGUGGAGCUAAGAUUUCAUGGUUUAAGGCUUGUACGAGACAGGUAUUUGGUGUUUUCUACUCUUGAGAUGAAUAUGGAAGCUUGAACUGGUCUCUUCUUUCUCUUAUCUGUGAUCUUUGAAUGAGCGUCUUAAAGACAAGUUAAAUCCAAGGUGAUUUAACCCUCAUAAUCAGUCAAAUCUUAUGGCUGGUACUUGUUUCAUUUAUUGUCUUUGCUGAUAUCUAAGAAAAACUAUCUAAGGAACUGAAACUGUGAAGCCAACCCUUCAUAUUUGAACAAAUCUGAGAACUCAUGCUGGUCUUAUUUUUCCUUUCUGCCAAGACCUCAUAAUGAGACAAGUGUAAAAACUAUUGGAAAGCUCACACAGGACUCACAUGGGACUAACUCUGAGACUUAACCCACUUUUUUUCCUUAGGCAAGUGGGAAAAUCGACCAAAUCUCCUUUUUGUCUUCAUUUGAGCAGAUUUUUCCCCCAGAAAACAUAAAUGAGACAUAUACAAGAUCUUUUCCUGAAAUUUACAUUGCCAUGUAAAAGCCCAACCUGUAUUUUCUGUAGUGUUGCUGAGCAGUAAAGCAGAGGUGUGAGGACAAGAAUGUGACAGAUUAACUUUGUUGAUUUAAUUAUUUUUAAUCCACAACACAGCAGUAUAAUACAACACUGCUACACUACAAAACUAUAAAAGCAUUUCAGCUUCCCAGUCAGACAGUCACAUCAGAGGAGAGUGACUGUUUAAUCAGUGAGCUCAAAAAUCUGUGACGAAAAGUGUGGGGGCACCAACUUCCCUCCAUUGUGCUUUACUGCAGUGACUUUUCAUCUCUGCUUUUUUAAGCAGCAAAGUGGAGCCUUUGUUUAUGGGUCCAUGAGCUUCACAGACAAGGUGGCUAACGGUCUCGGGGUCAUACUCAUCCAGAGCCUUCGGCCGUGCAAGUAAGUUUCACGUUUGAGCAGUUCUUGGUAUGGAAGUUUGUAAGAAACUGUAACCAAAUAUGUUCCAGCUAACAGGGAACUGAAAGCUGUCUGGGCUUGUUUUUUUUUGUGCUUGCCAGAAUACAGGGGAAUUCUCAACAGUUUAAACAGUGACAGCUGGUUUUGUUUUUUAAGAGUAAGCAUAUGUUGUUUGGCAUGUGACACCUUGACAUGAGGGUAUAUCUCUUAUGACUCUUUUCCACUAUAAGAAGGAUGUGACAGCUCAGACAUAAAAACAUUUUUAAGGGGCAGGUUGAUAUGUAGGUAUUUGCUAUGUCAUUUUUAUUAGUUGUAUAUUUUGAUUUAGUCAUCAUGCAAUUCACAGUCUAGACAUUUUAAACAAAUGUCUACUGAACAGACAUAGGCAGAGGCAAAAUGAGGAAUGAGACUAGUCCAAUUAUAUGUUUUAAUCAACAUCAUGUAGAGCAGCAUCCUCCCUAUCACUGAAUUGAUGGCUUUAUGUGGUUUUCUUUGAAAUUUAAGCCCCAAUAUAGGCUUGCUUUAUUUCAACUAGUGAAAAGAUGCAUGUUGCUUUAUUGACACUGCAUCGCUGUCACCUCUGUGUUACAGUCUCUUAAACAUUUCCCCUUUUUCUUACUUUCUUCUAACAGUGAUGAGGCCUGCUGUCCAGACUGUGUUUGGUUCUAUCGAGAUGUCAUGGCAGUGGUAACUGGGGGCGUGGCCAUCGCUGCAGCAAUUUGCCUUUUCACCAUUAUAACCUGGCCAAUCAAGAUAAGAAGAGAAUCAUAG